GCUUUGUCUGGGCGGCGGCCUGUGAGAGGAGGGGGCGGCGGAGGCGGCGUCCCUCACACACGGCCCCCCUCACACACGGCCCCCCUCACACGGCCCGCCUUCCCCCCGGCUCGGCGGCCGCGGACCGGGCGGAGACAUGACCGCGGAGCCCAUGAGUGAAAGCAAAUUGAAUACGUUGGUGCAGAAGCUUCAUGACUUCCUGGCGCAUUCGUCAGAAGAAUCUGAAGACGCGAAUUCUCCUCCAAGGCUGACUGUGAGCAAAAGUCAAGAUAAAAGCAGAGGAUCUGGAGACAGCGUGAGUCCAAUGGAAAACAGCAAGGAAGAGGGCAAUAGCUCUUCAGAAAGACCCAAAUCUCUCGGAACAUCUCGUUCCAAAAGGAAACCUUCAGUUGUAACAAAAUAUAUUGGAUCAGAUGAUGAUCAGACGCUAGAUGAAAAGAUAAAUGAAGAUGCUUCAAAUGAAAAUUCAGAAAACGAUCUUGCUAUGCAAAGUUUGCCUAAAGGUACAGUGGUUGUACAGCCAGAGCCAGUCCUGAAUGAAGACAAAGAUGAUUUUAAGGGGCCUGAAUUUAGAAGCAGAAGUAAAAUGAAAACUGAAACUCUCAAAAAGCGAGGAGAAGAAGGGCUGCAUGGAAUCGUAAGCUGCACAGCUUGUGGACAGCAGGUGAACCAUUUUCAAAAAGAUUCAAUUUAUAGACAUCCAACACUGAAAGUUCUUAUUUGUAAGAAUUGCUACAAAUAUUACAUGAGUGAUGACAUUAGCCGUGAUUCUGAUGGAAUGGAUGAACAGUGUAGAUGGUGCGCGGAAGGCGGAAACUUGAUUUGUUGCGACUUUUGCCAUAAUGCCUUCUGCAAAAAGUGCAUUUUGCGUAACCUAGGCCGAAAAGAGCUGUCGGCAAUAAUGGAUGAAAACAACCAAUGGUAUUGCUACAUUUGCCACCCGGAACCUUUAUUGGACUUGGUCACUGCCUGUGACAGUGUGUUUGAGAAUUUAGAACAGUUAUUGCAGCAGAGCAAAAAGAAGAUGAAAGUUGAAAAUGAAAAGAGUAAUAAAAUAUACGAUACGCACAAAUUUUCUCCAAAGAAAAAUAAUUCAAAUUGCAAUGGAGAAGAAAAAAAAUUCAACGAUUCUUAUUCUGGUUCUAUAACUUACUCUUACACAGCACUCAUGGUGCCAAAAGACAUGCUUAAAAAGGCAAAAAAACUGAUUGAAACCACAGCAAAUAUGAACUCUAGUUUUGUAAAGUUUUUGAAGCAAGCGGCCGACAAUUCGGAAUUGAACUCAAAUGUGAAAUUACGCCAACUGAAGGCAUUUAGAUCUGUUCUGAGUGACAUCAAGAAGGCUCACCUGGCGUUGGAAGAUGGUCUAAAUUUGGAGAUUCAGGCUCUGGAUGUUCAAACCAAGGAGAAGAGUACCAAAGAACGUGAAACCGAAAAUUCUAAACCUGAAACUGAAGCGAAGAAGGUAGAGAAAAACCACUGUGACUCAGAGAAUAAGAGCACGCCCAAGUUACACGAAAAGCUGCCGGAAGACAAGGCCCAUCCUGAGACCACGGAGCGGAGCGCUCCGGCGGGGCCCCGAGCCGCAGGUAAAAGCACCGGUCGCGAAGACAGGAAAUCGAAUUCCAACGAAGAGCCGCAGUACGAACCAGCCAACACUUCGGAGGCCUUAGACAUGGACAUUGUGUCCGUCCCUUCUUCAGUCCCUGAAGACAUCUUCGAGAAUCUCGAAUCGGCUAUGGAAGUCCAGAGUGCCGCUGAUUUUCAGGGCGAUGGCGGUAGCGGAGCCGAACCCGUCACCGAGAGUCCCACGAAAUCCAGCGCAGCCUCCAGAGACGGCAGAGGCAGCAUCAAGUUGAAAGGCCCGGCAAAAGUAACGAAAGAAUUAUACGUGAAAUUAACUCCCGUUUCCCUCUCCGACUCCCCAGUCAAAGCCGCCGAGUGUCAGGAUGUGGCGCAGGAAAAGGAAGAUGACCAAAAUCCCACUCGGCCCCCCAAGUCCGAGAACGGUGCGCCUGGAAAGGAAAGCCACAGCAGUGACGACGAGCCUCCAGUCGAGAACGACGUUCCCUGUUCGGUGGAGGAACCCGACCUCAGGAGGUCCCCACGGGUCAAGACCACGCCGUUAAGGCGGCAGACCGAAAACAAUCCGGUGACGUCCAACUCGGAAGAGGAGAGCCACGACGCGUACAACGAGAAGUGUAAGCGAAAGCCUCCCGGGCAGGCGAAGAAAAAGGACAAGCGCGUUUCCUCAGAGGUUGCGAUGGGUAGCCCGAAACCGAAUAAGCAGCCUAAAUCCAAGCCGCUAGAGGCUGCGGAUCAGAGUUCGGAUUCGGACGAGAUGCCGGCCGUCCUCAAGGAGGUGGCCAUGAUGAGUCACAGUUCUUCUGACACCGACGUCCACGAGACGCAGGGAGACGCUCCGAAGGCCGCCUUGGGUGAGCUGAAGAGCGAGGCCCCGAAAAGCGACAAAGGAAAGCGAAAAAGGAAAAGCUCCACUUCCGGUUCGGAUUUUGACGUCCAGAAGGGGCCGGCGCCGAAAAACUCGGCUGCGAAGAAGAAACGGCAGAACCAUUCAGACUCCUCCAAUUAUGACUCGGAACUUGAAAGAGAGAUCAAGAGCAUGAGCAAAAUCCGGCCGGCCAAGAAAUCCAAGAAGAAGUGCCCCACGAAAGAGAGCCUGGAGUCUUCCGAAGAAGAAAAGCCAAGCAAACAGGGGGCGGGUAAGCGAGAGAGAAAGAGAAAUUCCAAGAACGAGCAGGAAGAAUCGUCAUCCGAUGGCGCCGAGAUUCGAGAGAGAGAAAAGAGCUCCUGCUUUUCCGAAGGCACGGACGAGAAAGGAAAGCAGAACACAGAGUUAAGGGUGCCGAGAUCGAAGAAGCCGCAACAGGGCGAUUCCUCUGACGAUUCCGGCAAAUGGGCUGGAGAGAAAGAGGGGAGCUGCAAUUCCCCUCGAGGGAAGAAGGAAGGGAGCAGAGAAAAGAAGCAGAACCUCAAGACCCCCAGCCCUAAGGAGGCACACGACGGGUCAUCCGAUGAGGCUGAAGAGCCGCCCCACCAAAAGGAGGAGAGCGGUGACUCUUCCGAAGACAAGAAGAAGCGAAAGGACGAAGGGAUCGAAGGGAAAGAAAACUCGAGGAGGAAAAGCAGCAAGAGGGAACAGGAUGGAUCGUCGUCAGACAGCGUCGAGUUGUUCUCGGGGAAAGAAGAGAACUGCCGCUCUCCGGAAGACCAAACGUCGUCCGGGAAGGGCACACCUGAAAUGGAAAAGAAAAGCAGGAAGUUGAGAGAGAGGACCUCUAAAAAAAAAGAUAAGUUAUUGGACGACGCCGACAGGUCGUCAGAGCACGUGGAAAGCUGCGAUUCGUCGGAAGACAAAAAGAACACCACGGGGCCGUCCGUUAAAGAUGCCACGAAGGGGAAGGCCGGCGGCGAGAGGAGUUCUAAGAAGGGAGAGGACAGUUCAUCCUCUGACCCGGAGAAGUCUCCCAUAAAAGAAGACAGCUGUGACUAUUCUGACGAGACGAGAAGAAAAAGAACAGAAUCCAGGGAAAGAAGAAAGCAGAACGUCGGUCGGAACUCCAAAGAAUUGCCCGGCAGCUCGUCGGCGUCUUCCGAACCCGAAGAGGUUUGUUCAGAAGACGAGAGGAAGCGGAGGGAAAAAAAAAACGCAGCCAAGAACACCAAAAAAGGCAGCCCGAAAGAGAAAAAGGGAAAUUCCAGAAAGCAGCAAGACAUCACUUCCUCUUCUUCCGAUGAAAUAGGCGACGACGACCAGAACUCAGCAGGCGAGGGAAGCAGCGAUGAGCAGAAAAUUAAGCCCGUGACUGAGAACUUAAUCCUGUCCUCAAAUGUUGGAUUUUGCCAGUCUUCAGGAGAUGAAGCAGAGACUAAAUCGGUGCCUGUCACCAUGGAUGAUGAUGAUGAUGACGAUGAUCCUGAGAAUAGAAUCGCCAAGAAGAUGCUGUUGGAAGAAAUCAAAGCUAAUCUUUCAUCAGAUGAAGAUGGAUCGUCAGAUGAGGAACCUGAAGAAGAAAAAAAGAGAACUGGAAAACAAAAUGAAGGGCAUUCAGGAGAUGAUGAGGAGAAUGAUGCGGAAGACAAUUCUGAAUCAGACUCUGACUCUGAAGAAUCUAAGAAGCCUAGAUAUCGACACAGAUUGCUGAGACACAAACUGUCCAUGAGUGAUGGAGAGUCAGGAGAGGAGAAAAAGGCAAAGCCUAAGGAGACCAAGGAAACCAAACGCAGAAGUCGGAGAAAAGUGAGCAGCGAAGAUUCGGGUGAUUCGGACUUCCAAGAAUCGGGAGUUAGCGAAGAAGUUAGUGAGUCUGAAGACGAACAGCGGCCAAGAACAAGAUCUGCGAAGAAAGCAGAACUGGAAGAAAACCAGCGGAGCUAUAAGCAGAAGAAGAAAAGGCGGCGCAUUAAAGUUCAGGAGGACUCUUCAAGUGAAAACAAGAGUAAUUCUGAAGAAGAGGAUGAAAAUGACGAUUCAAAGUCUCCUGGUAAGGGGAGGAAGAAAAUCAGAAAGAUCCUUAAAGAUGACAAACUAAGGACAGAGACCCAGAACGCCCUGAAAGAGGAGGAAGAGAGGAGGAAACGAAUUGCUGAACGAGAACGAGAGAGAGAAAAAUUAAGAGAGGUUAUAGAAAUUGAGGAUGCCUCACCCGUCAAAUGUCCAAUAACAACCAAGUUAGUUUUGGACGAAGAUGAAGAAACGAAAGAACCUUUAGUACAGGUUCAUAGAAACAUGGUUACCAAAUUGAAACCCCAUCAAGUCGAUGGCGUUCAGUUUAUGUGGGAUUGUUGUUGUGAAUCUGUCAGAAAAACGAAGAAGUCCACAGGCUCGGGAUGCAUCCUUGCCCAUUGUAUGGGUCUUGGCAAGACAUUACAGGUGGUGAGUUUUCUUCAUACAGUCCUGUUGUGCGACAAACUGGAUUUCAGCACGGCCCUGGUGGUGUGUCCCCUCAACACCGCCUUGAACUGGAUGAAUGAAUUCGAGAAGUGGCAGGAUGGAUUAGAAGAUGAUGAGAAACUUGAGGUCUCUGAAUUAGCAACUGUGAAACGUCCUCAAGAGAGAAGCUACAUGCUCCAAAGGUGGCAGGAGGAUGGAGGCGUCAUGAUCAUUGGCUAUGAGAUGUACCGCAAUCUCGCCCAAGGAAGGAAUGUGAAGAGCAGAAAGCUGAAAGAAAUAUUUAACAAGGCUCUGGUGGACCCAGGCCCAGACUUCGUUGUUUGUGACGAAGGUCACAUUCUGAAAAAUGAAGCUUCGGCUGUUUCUAAAGCCAUGAAUUCCAUACGGUCGAGAAGGAGGAUUAUUUUAACUGGAACACCACUACAGAAUAACUUAAUAGAAUAUCACUGCAUGGUUAAUUUUAUUAAGGAAAAUUUGCUUGGCUCAAUUAAGGAAUUCCGGAAUCGGUUUAUUAACCCCAUUCAAAAUGGCCAGUGCGCUGAUUCUACCAUGGUGGACGUCAGAGUGAUGAAAAAGCGCGCCCAUAUCCUGUAUGAGAUGUUGGCCGGAUGCGUUCAGAGGAAAGAUUACACCGCAUUAACCAAGUUUUUGCCACCAAAACAUGAAUACGUGCUGGCGGUCAGGAUGACGUCAAUUCAGUGCAAGCUUUAUCAGUACUACUUGGACCACUUAACAGGUGUCGGUUGCAGUAGCGAAGGGGGAAGGGGCAAAGCGGGAGCCAAACUCUUCCAGGAUUUCCAGAUGUUGAGCAGAAUCUGGACUCACCCUUGGUGUUUGCAGCUGGACUACAUUAGCAAAGAAAACAAGGGCUAUUUUGAUGAAGACAGUUUGGAUGAAUUCAUAGCUUCCGAUUCCGACGAGACCUCAAUGAGUUUAAGCUCAGACGACUAUGCUAAGAAAAAAAAAUCCAAGGGGAAAAAAGGCAAAAAAGACAGCAGCUCCAGUGGCAGCGGCAGCGAUAACGAUGUCGAGGUGAUAAAAGUCUGGAACUCACGAUCCCGAGGAGGAGGUGAAGGGAACGCGGAUGAACCCUCAAAUAACCCCACGGCCUCCGUAAAGCAAGAGGAAAGUAAAGCCACGUCCUCUUCCAACCCGGGCAGUCCAGCCCCAGACUGGUACAAAGACUUCGUUAGCGACGCUGAUGCGGAAGUGUUGGAACAUUCUGGGAAAAUGGUACUCCUCUUCGAAAUUCUGCGGAUGGCAGAGGAGCUUGGGGAUAAAGUGCUGGUUUUUAGCCAAUCUCUCAUAUCACUGGACUUGAUUGAAGAUUUUCUUGAGCUGGCUAGUAGGGAAAAGUCGGAUGAUACGAACAAGCCUCUUAUUUAUAAAGGUGAAGGGAAAUGGUUUCGAAACAUCGAUUACUAUCGUUUAGACGGCUCCACCACCGCCCAGUCCAGAAAGAAAUGGGCCGAAGAGUUCAACGAUGAAACUAACGUGAGGGGCCGGUUGUUCAUCAUUUCAACUAAAGCAGGCUCUCUUGGCAUUAAUCUGGUAGCUGCUAACCGUGUGAUCAUCUUUGACGCCUCUUGGAAUCCAUCCUAUGAUAUCCAGAGUAUAUUCAGGGUUUAUCGCUUUGGACAAAAUAAGCCUGUGUACGUGUACAGAUUCUUAGCUCAGGGAACCAUGGAAGAUAAAAUCUACGACCGGCAAGUAACGAAGCAGUCCCUGUCAUUCCGCGUUGUUGACCAGCAGCAGGUGGAGCGCCAUUUUACCAUGAAUGAGCUCACCGAGCUCUAUACGUUCGAGCCAGAUUUGUUGGAUGACCCCAAUUCAGAAAAGAAGAAGAAGAGAGAUACCCCCAUGCUACCCAAGGACACCAUCCUUGCGGAAUUACUGCAGAUACAUAAAGAACACAUAGUGGGCUAUCAUGAGCACGACUCUCUUUUGGACCACAAAGAGGAAGAGGAGUUGACGGAGGAGGAGAGGAAGGCAGCGUGGGCCGAAUACGAAGCAGAGAAGAAGGGCCUGACCAUGCGUUUCAACAUGCCAACUGGGACCAAUUUGCCCCCUGUCAAUUUCAACUCUCAGACUCCUUAUCUUCCUUUCAAUUUGGGGGCCCUGUCAGCAAUGAGUAAUCAGCAGCUGGAGGACCUCAUUAAUCAAGGGAGAGAGAAAGUUGUGGAAGCCACAAACAGCGUGACAUCAGUGAGGAUCCAGCCCAUUGAGGACAUCAUUUCAACGAUAUGGAAGGAAAAUAUGAAUCUGACAGAAGACCAAGUGCAGGCUUUGGCACUGAGUAGACAAGCCAGCCAGGAGCUUGACGUGAAACGCAGAGAAGCAAUCUACACCGACGUGUUGACAAAACAGCAGAUGUUAAUCAGUUGCGUUCAGAGGAUCCUUAUGAACCGAAGACUCCAGCAGCAGUACAAUCAGCAGCAGCAGCAGCAAAUGUCCUAUCAGCAAGCCGCCCUGAGUCACCUCAUGAUGCCAAAGCCUCCCAGUUUAAUCAUGAACCCCUCCAACUACCAGCAGAUUGAUAUGAGAGGAAUGUAUCAGUCGGUGGCCGGAGGCUUGCAGCCCCCUCCCCUCCAGCGGGCCCCACCCCCCAUGAGAGGCAAAAAUCCCGGACCUUCCCAAGGGAAAUCGAUGUGAUUUUGCACUACGAGCAAAGGAAGAUCUUUUAUUUUUUUAGGAAUCAAUGGCUCUCCAGAACUCAACUGUAGAAUAGUCCGCCCCCCGCCCCCCCCC